AUGCAACCACUACAUCAUCAAACUCGUUACAUUGAUGUUGAGCUUGGAGGAGCUCCAGAACAAACAGAGAUUCUCCGGAAUCAAAGCCUUGCCCACUUUGCUAUCAACCCGAAAACCCUCGACUGUAUUCUUGAUGCAAAUAACAUUGACUUUCUUGGUCCGUACGGCGGCGUUGAAGGGAUUGGAUCGGCCCUAGAAAGCCAUCUUGAAAGGGGUAUAAAGGGGGAUGACCAAGAUCUUCGUCUCCGUCACGAAGUAUUUGGUUCAAACCUAUUUGAUGAAGAUGGUGAUCAUCAACUAGAACUAUCUGAAGCAAAAUCCUAUUUCAAGCUCGCCUUCGAAUCUUUCAAAGAGCCCACCACGAUCCUACUCUUGUGCUGUGCGACCCUCUCAGUUCUAUUGGGCGUGCUCAAGGAUGGGACCCAAUCUGAGUGGUGUGAUGGAGCCAUGAUGUUCAUUCUUGUGUUGGUCAGUUUCAUUGUCAAGCUCUACAAAGAAAGAGCCCAUCGGAGAAUGUUGACGAUCGCCAAGAACAACUUGAAGGUCGUUGAUGUCAUCAGAGACGGGAAUCCGCAAAAAAUUCCCGCUUCCCAAGUCACGGUUGGCGAAAUUGUGAUCUUGAAGACCGGUGAUAGGGUUUCGGCUGAUGGGUUGUUUAAGGGCAGUUCUUCGUUCAUGCUCGAUGAUGUUGAAAAUGAAGAUCCAACUGGUAUGGAUUACAAUCGAUUCCCAGCAAUCCAUGCAGGCACAGAAGUGGCGGUUGGGGACUGUCGAAUGAUUGUGAUAUCGGUAGGCAAAAACUCCCGGUGGAGCAAGAUGAUGAACCACAACAAGUCGCAGUGGUUGUUUAAUGUGGACAAGCUAAGCGCGAACAUGGAAAAGAUCAUGCUCGGCCUGUCCUUGGUUCUUCUUGUAGUGCAGUUGCUAUGCUAUUUUUUGAAGAAGACCAACAACAAUGGAAUUAGCAUCAAACGAAACUUGGAAGAGACUAAAAGUAUCAUGAAUACUUCGAUGGAGGAGCUAAUAAAUGAUGUCACCAUAGUUUUUAAGAAAAACACCGGCAUUUUUAGUAGAUUAAUUGCUAUCCUUGGAGUAGUGUUGAUGGGAGUAAGAGAAGGUUUGAAUUUAGGGAUUUUCACUAAUUUCCGGUGUUCAAAAAGAAAGUUGAAGAUUGAUCAUCAAGCCAUCGUUACAAACCUACCCUCCUUUGCAGGAUUAGGAUUGGUCACCACCAUCUACACCUGUGAAACCGCUGAUCUGGCCUUAAACAAAACAAGUAAGGCGGAUCUUUGGAUUGGUGAAAAGAUUGUCAAGGAGGCGACAACGGAGCUAACUCAUGAACUCCUCGAUACUCUACGUGAAGGGGUCGGCCACCUCACCAGGUCUGGUCCUUUCAAAGAUCCUUUACUUUGUUGGGCAAAGCUGUUCUUGGGCGUUAAAAUGGAGGAGUUGGUGCAAAGUUUCACAAUUCUUCACAAUGAAGAAGAAGCCUCUAUUGAUGGGAAUUGUCACGGUUUAUCGUUGAGGAGGAAUGGAGACAAUCAAAAAAACAUCAUUCACAUGCAUUGGAGUGGCGAUUCAAAAAUCGUGCUGCCCAUGUGCUCGCACUUCUACUCGGUGGACGGGCAACAAAAUUACAUAGAUGAAAAUCAAAGAAUGAAUUUGGAGAAAAUCAGUGAGCAAAUUGCAAGUGAUUGUAAUCCAUACGAGGAAGACCUAAAACCGGCUGUCAAAACUUGCCGAGAAGCCGGAGUUAACAUCACACUGAUACUAAAUCAGGACAAAAACACUGCAACUUUCAUGGGUAUCAACAGUGGAGUUGUCAACCCUACAGACGACGACAUCAGUAAAGCCAUAGUUGAAGCUUCCGAAAUCCGAAACAUCCUGGAAAACGACGAGAGCCACCGGAGGAGUGUCAGCGAUAUUCGGGUACUCACUAAUUCCUCUCCAUCCGACAAGCUUCGAUUGAUCCAGUACCAGAGGCGGCAGCAGACUACCGGCGAAGUAAUAGCUGUCACCGGUCGGAGGGCUGGAGAUAGCCAGGCUUUCAAUGAAGCCGACAUCACGUUCUGGAUCGGAGACAGUGAUUCAAAGGUGGCGGCAAAAGAGAGCUCCUCCGACAUUAUCAUGUUGAACAGAAGCUUGGAGUCCAUCGUUGCAGUUAUCAAGCGUGGAAGACUAACAAUGGUUCCUGAGUAUGAUUUUGUUGUACAAAAGCGAACUAGAAAGUUCUUUUUAUUUUGA